CUCCUCUGAGCGGUGAAGUGGUACAGCCCACAGUGACGUCACAGUGGGUGGAGCUCAGCGGGCUGGAUGUGAAGAAGGAGACGGAGGAGUUUGUUGUUGUUGUUUAUCUGGUUUAACGGAGGUGUUACUGGCUUCUGCCGCCUCUGAAAAAGCUCGAACCCAGAAGAAGCAUCGCCGUCAGACCCAGCGAGGAUCCGGAACCGGGAGUGUCCUCUGAAACCCGCACCUUCGAGCGGAAGCAGCCCGGAAACGGCCAACAUGAAGUGGAUGUUCAAAGAGGAUCACUCCCUUGAACAUCGGAGCUUAGAGUCGGCCAAAAUCCGCAGCAAGUACCCAGACCGGGUCCCGGUGAUCGUUGAGAAGGUGUCUGGCUCCCAGAUCGUGGACAUAGACAAGAGGAAGUACCUGGUCCCGUCCGACAUCACGGUGGCUCAGUUCAUGUGGAUCAUCAGGAAACGCAUCCAGCUGCCCUCGGAAAAGGCCAUCUUCCUGUUUGUGGACAAGACAGUCCCUCAGUCCAGCAUCACGAUGGGGCAGCUGUAUGACAAGGAGAAGGAUGAGGACGGCUUUUUAUACGUGGCGUACAGCGGAGAGAACACCUUCGGCUUUUAGGAACCUUGCUGGAGUCCAUCUCCACCCUGCCAUGACCCACGAUCCUGUCCCGCCGGCACCUGUGAGGCAGACAUCCUGUCUGAGCAUUUGUUCUCCACCUUUCUACAAGUUCCCUUUCAGUGUGUCACGAUUUCCAUCAUUAUGGGUGUGAUUUUGUUUGAGUGUUUUUAGAAGGAACCUGUUUGAUUUUCUUCUUGCUUUUUGAAUGAAGUUUGUUUUAGUGUUUUUUCUUUAAAGAUAUUUUAAUUUAAUCAAAAAGAUUUUUAAUUUAAUUAUCUGAGGUGAGGUAGCUGGAUGACCUAAACCAAUAAAAAGAUGAAAAAGAA